CGUUAAGCCAUCUGACGGGAGCGAGCAGUUUGUCCUCCAUCUCAUUUUGCCUCACGCUUCUCUCUCUGCGUCACCAUCGCAAUGAACAGGUCCUCCUUGCGCUCUGAAGCGUGGAACGGCACGGAGCGUAUGCGUGUUGCCAGGGCGAUGGGUGAUUCAUCAUCUGUCCAAUCUGAGAAGCUUCGCUCAUUGGCUUGCUCGCUCUCUGAGAUGGGAUUGGAUAAUGGAAAUCCCCCGGGCAGCGCGAAGCAGCCUACCACGGAGCCCACCAUAGAGCUUGGUAAAGGAACAUUCUUUGCAGACGGCCAGAGGAAGGUGGACUAUAUUCUGUGCUAUAACUAUAAGAAGAGGAGGAUCUCCCUGCAUCGUCUCUCCCUCACCUCUCAAGCAUCCAAUGGGAGCCUUCCGCUACCCAGCAUGCUGAGACGAGAUACGCAGCCUGAGCUGGAGGCAGGGUUGCCAGAGGGGGAGGAGUCUCAACUGAGUGAGGAAGAGAAAGCUAUGAUGAGGGAGGAGUUUGAGUCUGGGCUGUUGGAGCAGGGCCUGCAGCUGGAGAGAGACAAGGAGUCUAGGUCCCAGGGUAUAGGGUUUAUCCGGCUGCAUGUUCCCUGGGCGACGCUGAGCAGAGAGGCUGAGCUACAGAAGAUCAAAGUGCCAGUCAAAAAGAGUUAUGAGUUGCGGCAGCCUCAGGGCAUCGCGGGGAAAAUAGCAUUGUUGUAUCAAACCCUGAUCAAACCCUUCCGACCUGAUGUCCCAGAAACACUAAACACACAGUCCCACCAGAACCGAACAAAGACCCUCUCACACCCCUUCUCCAGAGACAAGCUACACCUGUUUGAAAUCAAGUCACAGGACAUUCUAUUUGACUACUCCGUACGCAGCAGAAUAGUCAAGGAGAUAUUGACACGCACCGCCUGUACACAGACUUGCCAAGCCACUGGUAUCUCAUCGUUAUUAGCUACUGGUGUCUAUAACUCUGCCUUUCCUCCACACGAUGGGUCAUUCACCAGGAAAGGAGGGCGGGAUCAGAGGAACGACAGACAGCUCCUAUAUGAGGAGUGGGCCAACUAUGGAGUGAUGUUCAAAUACCAGCCAUUGGACCUAAUCAGGAAGUAUUUUGGGGAGGCGAUUGGUCUGUACUUUGCCUGGAUGGGAGUUUACACCCGGAUGUUGGUCCCGCCCUCUCUACUGGGCCUUAUAGUGUUCCUCUAUGGUGUCCUCACUGUCAACACUAAUGUGCCCAGCCAGGAGAUGUGUGAUGACAGUCUGAACUUCACGAUGUGUCCACUGUGUGAUGCGGUGUGUGACUACUGGAAGCUGAGUUCAGUCUGUUCAUUGACUCGAGCCUCUUACCUGUUUGACAACGGAGCUACCACCCUCUUCGCCAUCUUCAUGUCCCUCUGGGCUGCUUUUUUUCUGGAGCACUGGAAGAGGAGGCAGAUGUGUCUGAAACAUGCCUGGGAUCUGACCAGUCUAGAGGACGAGGAGGAAACCCCCAGGCCAGAGUAUGAUCAAAUCCUACAAGAGAAGAGACGGAAUAAGAGUGGGACAAAAAGGAGGAGUGAGCUGGGUGGAGUGGGGUAUGGCGAAGCAGAGGAGGGAGAGAAGGACAAGAUGCUCUCACAGGUACAACUGAUGGAGGCUGUAUUAACAACAGUAGUUGCUAAACGUGUGUGUGUGUGUGUGUUUGUGUGUUUGUUUGUGUUCCUCUGGCAGAGGGAGCAAGAGUCAUUGACCUUGGAGGAUCGGUUGCCAGGAUACAUGAUCAACGUGUCCGUCGUUCUAAUGAUGAUGGGGGUAACGUUUUCCGCAGUGUUUGGAGUGAUCCUGUAUCGUAUCACCAUGCUGUCUAUCUGGUCCAUGAACCCAGACCCUGAGGCCAAGGCCUCUGUUAGGAUGACCGUCACCACCACUGCCAUCAUCAUCAACCUGCUUGUUGUAUUGAUACUGGAUGAGAUCUACGGUGCUAUCGCUGUCUGGCUCACUAAACUGGAGGUUCCUAAGACAGAAGCGGAGUUUGAGGAGCGUCUGAUUCUGAAAUCGUUUCUGUUGAAGUCCAUGAACACCUUUGCUCCCGUCUUCUAUGUGGCUUUCUUCAAGGGCAGGUUUGCUGGACCUCCAGGGGACUAUGUCUACUUGUUUGGCCACUUCCGCAUGGAGGAGUGUGCCCCACCAGGCUGUCUGAUAGAGCUGUGUAUCCAGCUUAGUAUGAUCAUGUUGGGAAAACAACUCAUCCAGAACAACGUGUUCGAGAUUGUUAUACCUAAGCUAAAAAAAAUGUACAGAACAUACAAGGAGAAGGAUAAAGGAGGAGAGGAAGAUGAGGAUGAGGAGGAGACGAAGAGGCCAAAGCAACAGUGGGACAAAGACUUCUCUCUUGAUCCCUAUGAGGGGCUUAGCCCGGAAUACAUGGAGAUGAUAAUCCAGUAUGGGUUUGUCACCAUCUUCGUGGCAUCGUUCCCUCUGGCUCCUCUCUUUGCUCUGCUCAACAACGUGAUUGAGAUCCGCCUCGACGCUGCCAAGUUCACCACAGAGAUCCGUCGCCCAGAUGCUGUGCGCUGCAAAGACAUAGGUAUUUGGUUCAACAUUCUCAUUGGUAUCAGCAAGUUUUCUGUCAUUACAAAUGCCUUUGUGAUCUCGUUCACCUCUGACUUCAUUCCUCGGACGGUGUACCAGUACAUGUACAGUCAGACUGGCAGCAUGCACGGAUUCACAGAACACUCCCUGUCCUACUUUAACGUGUCCAACUUUGAGGCUGAUUCCUCCCCCUCCUCUACACUAUUUACUGGAGUCACCAUAUGCAGAUAUAAAGACUACAGGGAUCCACCUUGGGGAGCUCAGCCCUACUCCUUCUCUAAACAGUACUGGUCUGUCCUGGCAGCUCGAUUGGCCUUUGUCAUCUUCUUUCAGAACCUGGCGAUGUUCCUGAGCAUGCUGGUGGCCUGGUUGAUCCCUGAUGUUCCUCGUUCUCUUAGAGAACAGGUCAGGAAAGAGAACAUGUUGCUGAUGGAGUUCCUUGUUCAGGAUGAACAGGAGGCCCUACGCUCCAGACUUCCACACCGCUCCCCCACACGACAACCUGCACAAACACAUAACAUACACUCACACAUUGACAUAGUGGUGGAGGGGUCAGUGGGAGAAGAGGGGGCGGAGGAGGAGAAUAUGGACAGAUCAGGACAAACCCUGGAGAGCCCAGAUAGCACUGACCCAGCAGAAGGAGGAGAAGAAGGAGGGGGAAAAGAUGGGAGAGGAGAAGAGGGGAAAGAAGAAGAGUCAGAAGAGCAGAGCGAAGGAGUGGGAGAAGGAGGAGAAGACGGGAGAGAAGGAGCAGAAGGAGACAGAGAAGGAGAAGGGCCAGACCAGGAGGAAGUCUCCGUUGUGGAUCUGGACUCUGUUAUGGACCAGCUGUAUCUGCCAGACCCAGAGCCGUCCCAGAGCCUAGCUGACAUGGAGCUGCCUGUCUCUGGAGCUGCCCGACUGGAGCAGGAGGACGAGCCACCAGGCCCAGACAGCCCUCCAGCUGCCCCAGUAGGGGACACAGCCUCCCCCGAGACGCCCCUGGCCAAGACCCACCCAGCAGGCCUGAAGGCUGCAGACAGCAGGCUGUUCUCCAGAGGCCCUCCCCUCAUAGAUUCAGCAUACUCCAGGACCAAGGGCCGCUGCUCCACCCUGCCUCCCAAACAGAGAGGGCCUGAGCCAGGGCACAGCCGGCCCCGACCCAGCCACUCAACCAGUCUCACGAAGUUCCACCUUCCACCUCUACCUCCUCUGGCCCCCUCACCUUCCCCUACAAACACCCCUCAGUCACCCCCUCCCAAGCCCCUGUCUCACAGUGAACUGUUCAUGCUGAAGGGGCCUCCCAGAAGAGAACCAGGAGGCUCCAGUGCUAAGGGGCGCUGCUCCACUCUGCCUGCCCGCCAGCGAGGUCCGGAGGCUGGGGAGAGCUCGUCCAGACCGAGCCAUUCUUCCAGCUUCACCCGGCAGGAAGACCGUAUCCCCCCAUCCCCCAGUGAACUAAAACAAGACACCCCGGUGUGAGGAGAGGUGAAAUAGAGGGGGAGGAUUAGAGAGGGACAGCUGAGUCUCAUCAUCAGAGAAAUUGAUCCGUCCAUCUCUCCGUCUUCAUCCACCCAUCUCAUAUGACAGCUCAGAUGCAACACUGACUUGGUUGUAGAAACCAAAUGAACCUGUUCUUCUUCUAACGCAUCAGUUAAUAGCUCAGGUCGAUUCACUGGGUUUAUAAAGGAGAAUGAAGCGGAAUAAACCAGGAUAAAAGAGAGUAGAGGAGAAUAAAGCAUAAUAAAAUGUAUUAAAGGAUAAUAAAGAAAAAUAAAAGAGACUAAAAUAGAAUGAAGGAGAAUAAACAAGAAUAAUGGGGAAUAAAGUAUAAUAAACCAAAAUAAAUUAGAAUAAAGGAGAAUAAACCAGGAUAAAUGAGAAUUAAGGAGAUUAUAAACUGGGUGGUUCGAGCCCUGAAUGCUGAUUGGCUGACAGCCAUGGUAUAUCAGACCGUAUACUACGGGUAUGACAAAACAUAUAUUUUUACAGCUCUAAUUACGUUGGUAACCAGUUUAUAAUAGCAAUAAGGCAACUCAGGGGUUUGUGGUAUGUGGCCAAUAUACCAUGGCUAAGGGCUAUAUUCAGGCACUCCUCGUUGCGUCUUGCAAAAGAACAGCCCUUAGCUGUGGUAUAUUGGCCAUAUACCACACCUCCGUGUGUAUUAUUGCUUAAAUAUACCGGGACAACGGAGAAUAAACCACAACAAAAAAUAACAAAGGAGAACAAACCAGGAUAAAGGAGACUAAAGGAGAACAAACCAGGAUAAAGGAGAAUAAACCAGAACAAAGAAGAAUAGAGGAGUAUAAACCAGGAUAAAGGAGAAUAAAGGAGAACAAACCAGGAUAAAGGAGACUAAAGGAGAACAAACCAGGAUAAAGGAGAAUAAACCAGAACAAAGAAGAAUAGAGGAGUAUAAACCAGGAUAAAGGAGAAUAAACCAGAACAAAGAAGAAUAGAGGAGUAUAAACCAGGAUAAAGGAGAAUAAAGGAGAACAAACCAGGAUAAAGGAGAAUAAACCAGAACAAAGAAGAAUAGAGGAGUAUAAACCCGGAUAAAGGGGGAAUAAAGGAGAACAAACCAGGAUAAAGGAGACUAAAGGAGAACAAACCAGGAUAAAGGAGAAUAAAGGAGAACAAAGGAGAACAAACCAGGAUAAAGGAGACUAAAGGAGAACAAACCAGGAUAAAGGAGAAUAAACCAGAACAAAGAAGAAUAGAGGAGUAUAAACCAGGAUAAAGGAGAAUAAAGUACAUUCAAGUAUAAUAAAGGAGAUUAAAGGAUAAUAAAAGAGAAAAACCCAGGACAAUGGACAAAUGAGAAUAAAGGAUGCAAAAAUCCAGGAUAAAUGAGAAUAAACCAGAACAAAUGACAAUAAACAAGGAUAAAUGUGUAAGAGGUUCGUAACGGGCUGCAGGGAAGUCAGGCGCAGGAGAGCAGAACUGGGUAAUAACCGGAGCAGUUUAAUGAGGAAAAACCGACUAAAUAACCUGUCGCAAACCAGUCUAUAAUGCACACACAUUUUACAACAAACAAUUCCACACACAUACAUAGGGGGAACAGAGGGUAUUAUACACGUCACGUAAUGAGGGAAUGUAAACCAGGUGUGUGGGAAAACAAGACAAAACAAAUGGAAAAUGAAAGG